UUAAUGAACGUCAAGAUGGUAAAAUUGAAAUAAAAGAUCCUUCUGAAUAUUCGUUAAAAGGUAUAGAUAUGGAAUUUGAUCUUGAUGAUGAACAAUUAUUAGAAACAUUAAGAAAACUUUGUCCGACAUUAUAUGGAAUAUGUGAAGAAUGUCAGCAGCCAAAUACAGGCGAAUCAUGGUGUCUUAAAAAUAUUCAUGAAAGAAAUUUAAUUCAUCAAGAUCUUCAUGGGGGAAAUAUCGUAAUGAGAUCAAAAACUUUGUCUACGAUUACAGAUUUUGGACUUUGUAAACCUGUAGAUUAUUAUGAAACUCUUGAAAACAGUCAAAAAAUUUAUGGCAUAAUCCCAUACAUGGCACCUGAAGUUUUACGCA